CCUCCUUUUUUCUCCCCCAGUUCCGAGAGAAUUUCCAGUCCUCAACCCUAACCUAACCUUCCCCCUAUGGAUUCGAAGGAAGAGAGAGAGAGGGAGCUUCCCAGUGCCGGUGAGCUCGACGAGGAGACAAUCGCGCGAAAGAAGUCUCGCCGGGUGAGCUUCGCCGAUAUCACAGCCGUCCAUGUCUUCGAUAGAGACGAGGACUACGAAACCCCUCCAGAAUCGACACAGGGAUCCUCCAAAGGUGGAGCAGACAAGGAGACAGCAGGCCUCUCUGACAGGGGUGAUUCGAGUGGGUCCCUGCACGUGGAGGACGGAGAACAAAAUGGCGAUGACGACGAGGAAGAGGAGGGAGAUCAAGAGCUGUUUGUGAGGGACAUGGAUUCUUCAUCGCCUGGAAGUGCCGUUGGGUCCAUGACCUCUAAUGAUGAUGAUAACUUUUUUGGGCCUGUAUCAACAAGUUUUAUUAGAUCAGUGAGUCUAUCUGAGACUGAAAUGUCAGACGGCAACAAUCAUGAUAUUACCUUGGAUUCAACUGCAUUUUCUCUGCAUUUUCGUAAUAUUGCUCCAGCUGAUGAUGGUACUACAAACUCAGUAGGAAGUGCAAGGACACCCACUAAUGCUGCAGUAUCUGAUGGUACUGACAGCAUCAUUGUUCCUAAGAAGCCCUUUGUUUACAGCAAGCUUUCUCCUGCAGAUUUAGGUGGAAAUGCUGAUGACUCGAGUAUCAUGAGUUUGAUUGAAGAAAAAUCAAGAAAAUAUGACUAUGGAAAAUUAUCACCAACUUUAGAAAAGCUUCUUAAUGAAGUAGACAGAAGUAUGCAGCCCAAUUCUCCAGAUGCUGCAAACAUUGGUUAUCAUUCCAAGGGGAUUGUCAAAGCAAAACAAUCAGGAAAACAUGAAACACAUACAAGUAGACUAGCUGUUAUCAACACUAAUGGUGAAUUUCCUUUUGACUCACAUCUCUCGGAAAGCUUUGUAGAGGAUUCUAGAAAAUGUAUUAUUUAUCAAGAUUCUCCAAACAAAGGUCUUCUGUUGGAGACACCUAUUAUUAAAAAUGCUGAGGGUGCAAUUGCAGCCAUUGGAAAGGACAACCGUGACGAUCCUUAUACAGCAACAGUGUCUGACCUACUCGUCACUGCUCAGAAAACUGGCCUUCUUUCGCCUCUGAAUAUAGAGUCCCGAACCGAGACAUCUUUGCAGUUGGAUCAGCUUAGUGGAAACAAAUAUCCUUCAGUUAAAAAUCCUCGCUCUGUGGUUCCCACAUCUGUUGUAGAAGGUGAUCAUGAUAAAAAUGUGGUAUACGAAGCUGGAGUUUCUACUCCUGAAACUGCUCAUAAAUUAAUUCAAGCUCCAUUUCCAGGAUCCGUCUCCUCUGUACGUGCUAAGAGACAGCAGCUUUUCCUUGAUGCUUCUGUUACUUUGAAAAGUACGCCAAUUAAUAGCAGAGCAAAAGAGCAAGCCCUUUCCUCUUUGAAUUUGGAACUCACACGGCAUGGUGAGAGGAUUUCAGCUAUUAAGAAUCACAUGUCAAAGUUAAAAAUUACUCAAACACCAGAUCUUAAUAAUCCAAAAUCACCUAUGCUUCAUGUGCCCCUUGAUCUUCAUGAUAAACUGGAAUACGAGGCUAAUAUUCCAAAUUCAAAUUUCAUGGAUAGCUCUGUUAACACAUUCCAAGAAAAUAUUCUUUCUGUUGUAAAGAAUCAAGGACAGACACAAAUUGUAGAGACAGAAGAUUUAAGGCAUGCAUGCCCAGAUAUUGUUACUGAAUCAGCACAAACUGAGGCAGAAACUGGCAUGAUGCCAAGUCCACUUAUGCCUAUUAAUUUGGCCCAAAGUCUCUUUGACCCCAAAACACAUGCUUUGCAAAGUGAGCAAAUUGUUGAUGUUAAAGCAAGUAGGUCUCCUAAUUUAUGUGAGGUGGAUGACCUAGAUCACUGUUUUGUUCAAGAACAAGUAGUUAUGAUGGAAAAUGAUUUAAUUGGAAAGAAAAGAAGACUUGAAUGUAGCCUUGUCACAAGUGAAACGCACAUCAACAAAAUUAGCAGAUUGGAAAAGAGUCCCGAGUCCUCAAAUGAAUUAGUGACUAACAAGCCUGCAACUCAUCAAGGUCAUCAUUCAAAACUUAUGAACACAUGUCUGCUUAACCUUUGUCAGUCAACAAAGCACUGGUCUGAUUUACUUUCUAAUUUUUAUGAGGGAUCAAAAGUUGCAUUUUCACCUUCUGUUCAUAAGCUUUCUGGGCAAGAGCUCAAUAUGUUGGAGGAUCUUCUAGAUGAGGUGCAAAUGGCUAGAAAAUACCUGAGGAUAUCUACUUCUUUGAGGAAUACUAAUGGUUUGGGUGAUUUGCACAAACAAAGAGUAAAUGAAGCACUAGGUUUACAGGACAAGUAUUUACUUGAGCAGUCCAAACUGCAGAUAAAACAUGCUAAGUUGGACCAACUGCAUAAUAGAACUCAGGCAACUAAAUCAGGACUUUGUGAUUGUCGAGAUCUUAAAGCAGCAUUCUCACAGCUCUGUCUUCAGCAUACAAGAGCAGUGCAAAGCUCAGAUACAUUUAUUUAUAGUUAUCAAAAUCAGGAGGAACAUAAAAAUGUGGCAUCAAUGAGACUACACCAAAAAAUGCUAGAAGAUAAGGUGGAUCACUUGUUGAAAUCACUUGCGGUUUGUUGUAGGGUGAAAGGAAAUAUGAAUAUCGCUGAGAUUAUUAAAGUCGCCAAUGAACGUUUAGAAAGCAACUGUCGUGUUAAUAUCAUACACCAAAGAUUACGGGUUUGGGAAUUGAGCAAUAUAGUGAAAAAGGAUAAUGAAUGUGAUAUCAUACUCAACUAUUGCAAUUUACUCUUCCAAAGUUUUACACCAAAUCUUAGACAAGUUUCAAGCACAGUUGUUACUAACUCAUUGAAUGAAGUAAACAUUGCAAAGACUUUCCAAAACAUGAAUGCUUAUGUAGCUUUUGACUUUGUUUUUGAUAACAAAGAUGGUGAAAGAAUAACCAGUUUGAACUGCUACCAGCAAAAGGAAAUGGAAACUAGUUUGCUUCUCGGAACCCUACUAGAUGUUCUUGAUGAGGUAAAAGUGGCAAGGUUGGAGAUUUUAAAUCUGACAUCCUCAACUUUUGAUAAGUCACCACGUGGUCAACUUGAGCUUCAAUUAUGCUUUAUCAAUUUCAAGCAUGGUCGGAUGCUGAUACUAAGUAUUGACUUAUCUGAUUUAAAACGUGCAGUCUAUCCUUCCGAGCCAUCUGAACUCAGGUACAAGAUAUGUGAAACACAAACAAUACCUUCACCUCUCAAGGAUACAAUAAUGGACACGCUGAAGAAUAUGCAAGGUGGACAUCCAUCUAUCCUAAGACUUUGCCGCUCAAUUUCACAAUUGGUUCAGGAUUCAACUAGUUGAGAGGAGAUUUCAUUUUCUUUGUCCGAAAUCAUGCUGCACUCAAAUCUCUAUCGGGGGCAGUUUGGAAAAUAAUGAUGUGGAAAUAGCUGUUGUAAAUAUGGCUCACGAUGGGUAAUGUAUGAAUCAAUUUGCUCUGUAUGAUAGUUGAGUACUGAAAUGUGUUUUGACAUGUUGAUUUUCUACAAUAUUUUUUGUUUGAGUGUUCUCUGCA